GGGAAAACAAACUCAUUUUCCUCGCCACAGCCUCCUUCGGUUUUUCGUCAACCUCAGGGCAUAUCUCUAGUAGAUCCCUGUUUCCCGUCGCCACUCUCCCCUUUCUUGGCUGCGUGAGCGUGCAAGGCCUGCGAAGAUGAGCAAGGGACCAGGUCUUUUCCCCGACAUCGGCAAGAAAGCUAAAGAUCUUUUAACUAAGGACUACAGCUCCGAUCAGAAGUUCACCGUUUCUACCUACAGUGGCGCCGGAGUGGCCCUUACUUCUACGGCUGUGAAGAAAGGAGGACUCUCCACUGGGGAUGUAGCAGCACAGUACAAGCAUAAGAACAAUACUAUUGAUGUCAAAGUUGACACCGAAUCAAACAUCUCUACAAUGCUUACAUUCACUGACAUUGUUCCAGCCACAAAAACCAUCGCGUCGUUUAAGCUGCCUGAUUAUAAUUCUGGCAAGUUGGAGGUUCAAUACUUCCAUGACCAUGCUACUGUAACAACAGCCAUUGCAUUGAAACAAUCGCCUAUUAUUGAUGUUUCUGCCACCAUUGGUACUCCAACCAUUGUGUUUGGCGCUGAGGCAGGCUAUGAUACCGCAUCUGGUGCUUUUAACAAGUACACUGCUGGGAUUGGUGUGACCAAACCCGAUUCAUAUGCUUCAAUAAUUCUUGGCGACAAGGGAGACAGCAUUAGAGCUUCAUAUGUGCAUCAUCUAGACCAAUCUAAGAAAAGUGCUGCUGUAGGAGAGAUCAGUAGAAGGUUUUCCACGAAUGAGAACACUUUUACGGUUGGAGGGUCAUUUGCUGUUGACCAUCUGACACAGGUCAAAGCAAGGCUCAACAAUCAUGGGAAGCUUGGGGCUCUCUUCCAGCACGAGGUCAUACCAAAGUCAGUGCUAACCAUUUCUGGCGAGGUUGACACAAAGGCCUUGGAUAAAAAUCCCAAGCUUGGGUUGGCAAUUGCUCUCAAGCCUUGAAGCUUUUCUACUUUUAAAAUUGCAUUAUCGGAAUUUGGAACUUAAUUCAAUUUUUUUGGGUGGCCCAAAAUGGCGGGGCAGAAUAAGUAGUUUCACAGAUUUCUAGGUUCGUGACUGUGAACUAAAUGUUCAGGUAUCCCGGUCAUCAGCUACAAUCUCUUCUCUUCCCCAACAUUUUUUGUCUUAAUUUUCGGACGUUACCCCUUCCUUACAUGCUGUAGUCUUUCUGGGAUGUGGUAGUUCACUAGCACGGACUUUCAGGCAUCGUGUGCAUUUGUCAAAUUGUAAUCUUGUGCUUGUUCGUCGCGUGUUUCUGUGAAA